CGCGGCUAGCAAAAAAUAAGGUGUUUAGGGCUAUUUUGCUCCGAUUUAGGGCUUCGUUAUUAUUUAGAAACAGGAAUUCAGGGCUAUUUUGCCUUUAACCGCAGCUCGAUUUCUCAACUGAAGAGUUUGCACGCUUACAACUUCACAAGCUGUUUUCGAUCUAAUGGUUAGUCAUCCUUCUCUUCGGAGCAGAACUUCGUCGGAUCUAGUAAGUCAGCUGCCAGAAGAUAUAAAGCACAAAAUAUUAGAGUGUCUAGAUACUCGAGAAGCGGCCAAAACUGCUCUUCUCUCCACUCAAUGGAAUGAGGUUUGGUUGCGACAUGGCCGGCUUGUCUUUAGUGAUGAGGGCUUAUUAGGAGAAGGUAAAGGCGUUAGAUGCUCGAGAAUGAUAACUAAUGCUCUGUUUCUCCGUCCUAGACCGGUUAGGAAAUUCACUCUGGACACUUCUCAAUGGAGACCUGCUAUGAAGCAGUCUGAUUUAGAUCUUUGGUGUCGUUUUCUAUCAAAAAAUGGUAUUGAGCAUCUUAACCUCAAUAUUGCUGCUGAGAACGAUAUGGGAAAUAUGUACAAACUACCUGUUUGUAUAAUUUUCUGCCCGACAAUCAAACAACUGCAACUUGAGUACAUGGAUAUUAGUUUGCCAGUCAAUAUUCGACAGGGUAGUAUGUUUUAUGGUGUUACCUCUUUAGAGUUCAGUUGCGUUGAUUUUUACCGUGAUGAUAGCCUCACAGUUAUCCCACGUAUUCCUUGUCUUGAGGUGCUAGUGUUCUGGGAUUGUGAUGGGAUAGAUAAGUUCGUGAUCGAUGCUCCAAGACUUAAAUACCUCAGCUUUACCGAUGCCCAGUUCGUGGCUGAAUGGAAAUGGUUUGAACUUCAUUUUCGUGUCAUUAAGACUCUUCGCUUCGGUGCAUUUACGUUUUUGUAUAACACCGAUGCUACAAUAAAUAUCCAAGAGAGGCUUCCAAUUGCUACAAAUCUGCAAGUGAUUGAGCUGCGUUGUUUUAGAUUUGCUGAUGCGAAUUGCGUUAAUCUUGUUAUUCAAUUGCUUCGGAAAUGCCCAAAGCUUCGCGAACUGGAGAUGUUUAUAUUAAAGCAUCAGUCACAUUUGCAUGGUGAAGCCGAUCCAACAAUUUUGAGAGAUAUGGACAGUUGGUUUAGUGAUCUGGAUCUCGGCGAGCUUAGAACAGUCAAGAUGAAAUCAUUUGACGGAUCAACACAGGAAAUGCUCUUUAUCAAAUUAAUUCUAUCAAAGUCUCCCUCCCUUGAGGAAGUUUUAAUUACGGAAUCAGACCGCAUUGAUGCCUCUGUGGCUUUAAAAGCACCAAGGGAGAUGAUCUCCUACCCUCGUGCGUCUCCAAAAGCGAAAGUGAUUUUCUGUGACAUAAGUAGGGGCUGCUCUAUUCCCUGAAUAUAAGGCAUUUGUAGCCCUUUAUAAGGGGCGUUUCCUUUGAUUCUCCUUGCAUAUGUUCUACACAAAAUUCUAAAGCCCUUUUGUUGUGAUAUAUUUG